AUGCCCGCACCUCAAGCGGCGGCUGCGCCAGCGCAGGGCGAACAACAAGAUGGCCAGAGCAAGAUCUUCAAAAUCGUCCGCUCGCUAGCAGUCUUCGUGGCGAUUCAGUUAGCGAUGAAAUACGGCAUGUCAUAUCUUGGCCUCACGCCGCCUACCACCUCCACUCCAGCCGCGCCCGCCACUCCUGAUGGAGACGUAGUGGCAGCCGCUGCUUCUACGGGAGGUGCUGUUCCUCCAGUUUCGCUUGUCGCCCAUCCGGCCUGGGCGCUCGGUACCACGCUCUCGCUCCUGCUCUUCGCCAAUACCGCGCCAGACUUCUCGCCCUCCACUGUUGACUGGAACACCCCCCUUCUGAGGUGGGACAACAUCACCCUUGGGAACUGGAAGGACACGCGCGAGGCCGACCUCGUCCUCCCCGUCCCCGAGAGCGUGCAGUCCAAUGGCAGUUGGUGGAUGGAUGUCGUCCUCGUCAAGGAUGGGGGCAGUGCGCUCAACCGUGACGGGGCAGAUGUCGCGCAUCACCGGAAGGAGAUGACGCGCUGGGCACCCCGCCGUAAGGCGCGGAAGGAGGUAUCCCUCUUGGCUGCCAAGAACGAAACCGAAACCCCAGAAGAGGACGAGGGCCCCGCCCCAAUUAUCUCGUACUGGAGCCGCAACCUCACCCUCACCAUUGUCAACGAGGACAACAGUGCCGAUCUUGCGGCGAUGCCGCCAAUCGUGAGGGAGUGCUAUCACCUCGCUCCAGGAGACGAGAUGAAAUACUUCCCAGUCGUGUUCGCCAACGAUUUCUGGCUCCUCAAGGAAAACCUCAUCCCCAUCAACUCGACCACGCCGACCCUGCCGUUGAGAGUGACGUAUCACGCCAUCAGCCAUAUGAAGUUCAACAUCUUUGCUUCGCUCACCGCGAGCUUCGAGCAGUCGGCCCAGCAGCAGGGCACCGGUCACGAAUUGGACGAAGUCAAGCGUAUGCUCGUCGAGACCAACCCUAUCCUCCUGGUCACCACUGCCUUGGUGACCGUGUUGCACAUGUUGUUCGAAUUCCUGGCGUUUUCAUCAGACGUCGCGCACUGGCGCAAGAAGGGCAAGGAGAGUAACCUGGUCGGCGUAUCGCUCCGCACAAUCCUCACCAACGUCUUUGUCCAGCUCAUCAUCCUGCUGUACCUGCACGACUCGUCCGAGGAGACGUCGCUCAUGAUCCUCUUCACGCAGGGAAUUGGGCUGUUGAUCGAGGCAUGGAAGAUCACAAAGGUCGCCAACGUUCGUAUUCGUCCAGCCGACAAUAUCAUCGGCUACAAAAUCGUUUUCGAGGACAAGCAUGAGCUUUCGGAGGAUGAGAAGAAGACACAGGAAUACGACGCACUCGCUUUCCGCAUCGUAUCGUACGUUGCCGCACCCGUGUUGCUCGCAUACUCGGGAUACUCGCUCGUUUACUCGACCCAUCGCAGCUGGUACUCUUUCAUCAUUUCUACCCUCGCACAGGCAAUCUACAUGUUUGGAUUUGUGCAGCUCGUACCCCAGCUCAUCAUCAAUUACAAGCUCAAGAGUGUCGCCCACAUUCCCAUGAAGGCUAUGGUGUACAAGACGCUCUCGACUGUUGUCGACGAUUUCUUUGCGUUCUGCGUCAAGAUGCCUUGGCUUCACCGCCUCGCUUGCUUCCGCGACGACGUUGUCUUUGUCAUCCUCCUCAUCCAGCGGUGGAAGUAUCGCAUCGACUACUCGCGCGUCAACGAGUACGGCCAGCUCGGCGAGGACGACGAAAAGGCCGUCCAGGCCGCCAAGGACAAGGGCGAGGUGGACAAGGACGUUGAGACCAAGAAGGACAAGUAG